AUGGAAUUCCAAUAUGCAAAUGUUAUUUAAGCAUAAAUUCUGCAUAUUUUAGAUUCUUCCUUCAAACUCAUAUCUGAAAAAAUAUUAUGCAAAAAUAUCAUACUCAUAACUGAAUGGCAGACCUUUACAACUUCUCAUAGCAUUACGUAACUUUAGUUUUAGAAACAUGACUUCGACAAAGAUAUUGUAGAAGAUCUUGAGCUUAAACCAACUUCUUAAGAGAACUUUUAAGCUUAUAAAAUCAAUCUUAAUGAAAAGAUUUAAUCUACUUCCAGAAUAAAUACUGCUGCAUAAAAAUCUCUUAAAAAUCAUUUCAAAUCUCAUAUGACAUAAUUCAAUUGGGAUAAAGAAUAUCAUUAUUCAUUAAUUCAUAUUCCUGAACCAGAAGUUGUCAUCUCAACUGCAGAUGAAUAAUUUAGAAGAAUGAAAAUUUAAUAAAUUAAUGAAUCCAAUAAACAAAAAGAAUUAUAACAACAAUAACUCAAAGAAAAAAAAAAGUUGAAUGAAAUGAAUCUAAGAUUAAAACAAUAAUUAAGUAAAAAAGAAUAUACUUACGAUUAUAAUUGUUAACUUAUUAUAAAUAAACAUUCAUAAUUAUAAGCUGAAAUUGUUCCGUAAAUUAAGUUUGAAAUCUUAUAAGAAGAUUAAAAUAAAUAAACCAAAAAAUAUUAAAAGUAAAAAAAAGAAGAAAUCUAAUAAUAAGUAAUUAAGAAAAAGUCAAAAGAACCUUUGAUAUCAUAAAAUACAGCAUAUUUUGGAGAAUCAAAAUCCUUUUUCGUUAAUAAUAGUAAUGAAGAUGAAAAUUUUGAUAGACAAACAUCUAAUAUUCCUUUUAUAAAACUUAGUAGAGGUGUAAGAUUAAGAGAGGAUAAACAUGAAUUAAUUUUUGAUCUUCCUUAACCACCAUAAAUAUAAUUCUAAAUGAGAGAAUCUAGCUAUAUUGAAUCUUAGAAUUAAGUCUAAUCAGACUAAUUAAGACUUAAUAUUCGAGAUUCAUCAAAAGAAAAAGUUAUUAAAAAUAAUAAAUCUUGCAUUAAAACUGAGAGAAAUUUUGACUAUUUAAAAGUUGAAUAAGAUGAUAAUAGUUAUCGCUUUAAGACUUCUGUUAAUUAAUAAUUAAAUUAAAGUGUCAAUAAAUCAUAAUAUGCUUAUCCAUAAGUUAUUGAUAAUAUUGUCUUGAAACAAGAUCUUGUUAAGUUACCAAAAGUUCGUUCAAGAUCUAUUAAUAUAAGAAGCAAGAAAAAUAGACAAAUUAAUAUACAUUCAAAAGAUCAAAUAAAUAACUCUAAUGUCUGA